AACGUCUUCGUCUUGAUCGUGGCGUACACCAUCCUGCAGUAUUCGGGGGCGUUGCUGGUGCUCGUCGAGCUGUUCCCCAUGAUGCUUCGUCCUCGCCCGAAAGUCACCCGAACGACGGACACUCUCUUGGUCAUUCUGGCGCUCGUCUCGGGCAUCGUGCUCGCAACCAGCGACUACGAACAGGACUGCGACCGGUACGCGGUUCUGGUGCGCUGCAGGAACAUCAGGUCCUCGUACAUCUUCGUGCUGCUGAGCGCCGCGCCUCUAAUUGGCUCCGUGCUCCUGACUUUCGUG